GACGGGAAGGGCGGGGCGCGGGGCACGCCGGGACGGGGCGGAGGGGGUCCCAGGAUGGCGGAGAGACCGGAGGACCUGAACCUGCCCAACGCCGUCAUCACGCGCAUCAUCAAGGAGGCGCUUCCUGAUGGGGUGAACAUUUCCAAAGAAGCUCGGAGCGCGAUAUCUCGAGCAGCAAGUGUGUUUGUGCUCUAUGCAACGUCAUGUGCAAAUAACUUUGCCAUGAAGGGGAAGAGGAAAACCCUGAAUGCUGGCGAUGUUCUCUCUGCCAUGGAGGAAAUGGAGUUUCAGCGAUUUGUAGCCCCUCUGAAAGAGUCCCUGGAAGUUUACAGACGUGAACAGAAAGGAAAGAAAGAAGCAAGAAAAGAUAAAGACAAAAAGACAGACUCAGAGGAACAAGAUAAGAGCCGAGAGGAAGAGAAUGAUGAUGAUGAUGAAAGGAUGGAGGAAGAAGAACAAAACGAGGAGGAGGAGGUGGACAACUGAGCUUGCUGAUGAGACAUGCAGGGGUUGGGUUUUUGUAGGGAUAUAAAUGCUGUAAAGAAAUCUUGCUGUGUCCCCUCUUGUUUCCAGUAGAGCAUUGUACUGUUCUUUUGGGGUCCAUCUCUGUUUGACUUUAGCUUGUAUAUAAAGGAUUUGGCUAAAACAUUUCUAGUGGGUGGACCACCUCAUCCCUGUGCGCAGGGGACUUGGCAGCCUCCCAAGGUUCUGAGCUGGCAGUAAAGCUGGGUUGGCUCUGAAAUAGAAUGGAAAAAAAAUAGAAGCUGGCCAAGAGAACCUGAGAGAACUGUUGAAUAAGCUCCUUAAACCAAGUCAGAGACUGAAUCUUUGUUAACCCCUUGGGGUUUAAAGACUACACAAUGAUGUUAAGAGCCUUAGAAGCUGACCAUUUAAGCUUUUUAUCUAUGUAACAUUCUUUUUUUCCUUUGGUUUCCUGCAUUCUGUCUGUGCCUUCUAUUUUGUGCUCUUUGGCAGUGAUGCUGUCUUUCAGCCUUACCAGCAGUGUGCAGCAAUGCAGCACAACUGUACAAGGGCCAGCAAACUGAACUGGUUUUCUCCCUAAACGAAUUUAAAUCAAAAAACCUCACUGUGUACAAUGCAAACUAAAUACCGAAAGUGCUUGUUUUGUGUCUUUAAAAGCCCUUGGAGAUGAAGAGUGUUUUUUUGUAUGAAAAAUAUGAAGCAAAACUAACUGGAAAAAUGUGUGUGAGGAAUAGUAAAAAGAAGGCUGGCUCACGUGGGAUGUUUGCAGGGCAGCAGUGGAUCUGGUGGUCUCACCUCCCUCUUCUGCAGAGCUGCAGUUUCUGCAGGCAGGUUGGUGGCUUUUCUGCAAGUCUAAAUGUAGUGUUAGAAUAGCAGUGGUUUUUUGUUGUUUAGUUUUUUUUUUUCCUCCUGAAUUGGAGUGGACUAAUUACUUCAGAAGACAUUCAGGGUGUGCAGCCUGCCUCCAGGAGUGCAGUGAGGGCAGUGCAGUCCUACAUAGGAAGGCCAGCCUCAAGUCUGUGAAUUUUUUACAUAUCACCCAUCAAGAAAAUGGGACCAAACCAGCAGAAUUACCUGUUAGAAUAAGCUUCUUUUGGACGUAGUGCUUUAUUAUUUGAUUGAUCUUUUUUUCAAGACUGAUAAACCUAAUAUUUCAGCGAAGCUAGCGAAGGAAAUGAAGAACAUUUUAGGUACAUUUAAGUAAACCCCCCGGUUUUGCUGAUGUGCAGCUUAAACAUGAGCACAUGGGAGGAGCAGCACCUCCUGUGUUUUAUAAAGCUGACGCAGAGCUCCCCUGCGAGCUGCCCAGCCCUGCCAGUUGUAUGGCACGGUGACAGCGUGCAGAGAGCCAGCUCCUGGAGGGAGCUCAAUCCCCAGCGAUCCGCUGUCUGGUUUCCACUUGGCACUCAGUCAGAACAGGCUGCGCUGACGACGCCUUCCCCAUCUGAACAACCCCGAAGUGGUGCUUCCAGCUUUUAUUUUUUAAUCUCGUACCAAUGUGGGACGCGCGCUGUGGCGGGACCAAUAAUUUGAAUAAAAGCCGGACUCUUUGCA